CCCAAUGGCAGCGUCGUACACUCUCUGCUGAUAUGUUCAUAGUAUACGAGACUUUACGAGGCUGACAGUUCAUGGUGGUAGCAUACCUGCUUUAGGUGUUAACAUCGUGAGUAUGGCAACGCGUAUCCGACCGAGCACCAAGCGAUGUGCUGUCAUAGGUGGCUCUGGAUUUUUGGGCAGGCACCUUGUUGAGCGGCUGGUGGAAAAGGGCUUUUCAGUGACUGUAUUUGACAUCACACAGAGCUAUGAACUUCCUGGGGUUACCUUUCACCAAGGAGAUCUUUGUGACAAACAGGCUUUAAUCACGGCUCUCAAGGACGUAUCAUUAGUGUUUCACUGUGCGUCUCCGGCUCCCGCCAGUGAUGAUCGCGCUCUCUUCCAGAGGGUCAACAUCGAGGGCACGCAUACUGUUGUCGAAGCCUGCCAAGAGGUUGGGGUGCAGAAACUUGUUCUAACCAGCAGUGCCAGCGUGGUGUUUGAAGGAACUGACAUUAAGAAUGGAAAGGAAGAUUUGCCUUAUGCAAAAAGGCCAAUUGAUUAUUAUACAGAGACCAAAAUCCAACAAGAGAAGAUAGUUUUGGAAGCCUGUAGUAAAAAAAAGGGUUUCUUCACUGUGGCAAUUCGUCCUCAUGGGAUCUUUGGCCCACGAGACCCGCAGCUAGUGCCCAUCCUUGUAGAUAUGGCCCGCCGGGGCAAGAUGAAGUUCAUCAUUGGAGAUGGCUCUAACUUGGUGGAUUUCACUUAUGUGGAAAAUGUAGUCCAUGGUCACAUCCUAGCUGCUGAACAUCUGAAGCAAGACUCUCCACUUUGUGGAAAGGCUUACCACAUAACCAAUGAUGAGCCCAUCCUCUUUUGGGAUUUUAUGUCCAAAGUACUAGUCAGUCUAGGCUAUGACGCCCCUCGCUACCACCUGCCCUACAUGCUGGUCUAUGGAAUUGCACUGCUGCUGUGGUUGUUAACUUUGCUCCUGGGCCCUCUGGUGACCAUAAAGCCCAUAUUCACCCCGAUGCGUGUGGCCCUGGCUGGCACACAUCACUACUACAGCUGUGCCCAGGCUAAGCAGGACAUGGGUUACCAACCACUGGUGGGUUUGCAGGAAGCUAUUAGCCGAACUGUAACCAGCUACAUGCAUCUGCGGAAGGAAGCCUAGGAUCUUAUUGAGUUUUUGUUUGCGCUGGCAAUGUGUGUGCUCGUUUUUAACUAUACUCAUAGGAGUGCUCAUGCAAAAUCAGUUUUAUUCUAGUUAAUCCUGAUCUUGGUCAGUGUAGCCUAAAUAUAAGAACUCAUCAAGAAGCAGUGAUCGUGUUAAAAUGCUCAGUGAGUACAGGCCCUAGACUUGGCUCAGUGACAAUCAUAUUAACUGGGUUGAUAUUCCUAAAGUAAUUACCUUAAGAAAAUGCAGUCAGAUUCUUGCCUGUGUAUAUCCAGGCUGAAGCACAAAACCGCAAGUAAAGCUCUUAUAAAUGCUUUCAGUUCUUCUCCUGGAGUACUUAUUCAUACUUUUUACAUUGUUAUAUUGUUUAAAUGGAACAUCAAUGAGCAGUUGUAAGCAUUAUGUUCAGCUGCAUUUUUUUUUGGAAUGAUCGUGGAUUUCACUCAUGCUUAUGAAAGAUUAAUUGAGGGCUCUAUAAUACACAGAUCAAAGAAUGGGAGCAAUUCCAUUUUUGUCAAUAUUUCUCAAUAAAAAUGAUGUAUUACAUUU